AUGUUAAUGAAAGAAAGAAGAGGCUCCUUUGCUCCGAUCGAUUUUACUCCAGAUAUCAAUGAAAAAUGUCUUAGACAAGUUGAGUUUUAUUUCUCAGAAUAUAAUUUACCUUAUGAUAAGUUUUUACGAUCAAUAGCAGAGAAAAAUGAUGGAUGGGUGCCAAUCACUACUAUUGCUACAUUCAAUAGGAUGAAACGAUAUAGGCCUAUUGAUAAAGUUGUGGAAGUUUUGAAGACGUCCACGAUCUUGGAAGUUUCAAAUGAUGGCGAAAAUAUUAAAAGAUUAAAACCUUUAGUCUUAGAUAGAAAAGAUAAACAAGAACAAUCUUCAAGGACAUUAGCUAUUUUAAAUUUCCCACAUGAUUCGGAUAAAAAUAUAAUAAGUAAUGAGAAUCAAGAAAAUCAAAAUGCUUCAGAAUUGACAGAUAAUGCUAAACUUUAUCAAGAAGACAUAGAAAACUUUAUCAAAACUUUAUCUCCAAAGAAUACAAUCAACCAAGUUAGGUUGAAAAGGGAUAGAAAGAGAAAUUUCAAUGGUACUGUUUUGGUAGAGUUUAAACAUUUGAAAAAUUAUCAAAAUUUCCUAACUCUUUAUGAUUCAGAUAUUGAUAUUUCCUCAUUCGGAAAUGAUAAUGGUUCAAUCACUAUUAAUACUGCCUCAUGUGAAAGAGAAACAUUGUCGUAUAAAGGUAACAAAUUAAAUAUAAUGUCUAAAAAACAAUACGAUGCUCAAAGAGAAGCUACAAAAUCUAAGAAUUUUAGUGGUUCUGGUCAGAGAUCAAGAUCUUUUACUGGAUCCAGGAAGAAUUUACCGUCAAAGAAGAAAUUACUAGCGGCUGCCUCAAGGGCUGCAUCUAAAUCAUCCAAAACGCGUACUAUAGAUCACUUAAAUGUUGCUAGUGAUUUUAACGAUUUUUUUUCAACAACUGUCUCUUCAGUUUCCUCUUCCAAUAUUUCAUCUACAUCAUCAUCACCAACAUCACAUUAUAACAAUUUAUUAACUUUAGCAAAUGAAAAUGCUAUCUCGAGCGAUGAAGACUCAAGGUAA